AUGGUAGCAGAUGAUGAUUCACAGUUGCUUGUGCCACCAAGCAACAACGCUGUGAACGGUUCUUAUGGGAAGAACCACUCACGUUCCCCAUUGAGGUCGAGCCGCGCCACUCAGAGGCUUCGCACAGCGGUAGCAUCGUCAAACACUACAACAACGGGAACGUUACAAGUACCGCAGUUACACAAUCCAGUUCAGCUAGCAUCCACAGCGGCUCACAAGCGCAAUCGUUCACUGACAUCAUACAAUAGACGUUCCUCUUUGACAUCUGCAGAAGAACCGUAUCUAGCUUACAGUUUUGGGACGUAUGGUUAUUCUGGCACCACUGGCGGGUGCAGUACCGGAAUUGGCACAAGCGGAUGUCAGAACAGUGUUAGUGAGCAUGUAUCGCCAUCAACCACAUCAGUAUCGGUGAAUCUUGGCUCCUCAUCGUUGGCACCAAAUAGCUCUACAAUUUCUUCAAGAACGCCAAUUAUGGGUACCGGCAUGAUCUCUUCCUCCCGCAGCUCUCCACGGAGCAGUUUCUCCUCAAGCUAUGACAGUUUUGGUAACGGCUCGUUGCGCCGUCACAGUGAGCAACCACCACAGCGUAGACCAAGCGCACAGGAGGUGUUUGAUGUUAUGGAGAGAGAGCAAGAUGCUAUUGUGCUCAAGUUGAUGCGUGAGAUUCACCAGUUGAAAGAGGACAAUAGAGCUCUUUCCCAGACGAUUAACGCUCUAACCAACUCUUCCACCGUUAAUUCACAAACAGGAAUGGAUGCGCUGAGAACAAGACGUCACUCCUCAAUCUUGACAGAUGAGGAGUGGAACAUCUCCCAUAGAAGUAUGGAUUCGAUUCCAAGAAGCGCAAGACUUGAGCCGUUGUAUAAGCCCACAACAAUUAUCCAAAGAUCAAAUGUCGUUGAUAAUAGAGUUGAUAGAUCUGAUUCCACUGUGAAUGCUGUUCACAGAGCUGGAACGGAGGAUUGA